AUGAGCAUUUCUGCGGAAGAAUUAACUGUUUUUCCAAGAGAUUUAUUUCAUGGCAUUGAAGAUCUUCACCUUAAGCUAUUGAAUAUCGAAUGUGACAAUCUGACUACACUGCCGAAAGAUAUCUUCAAUUCUCUUGAUGAUCUUCGUACGUUACGAAUGAAUUGCAGCGAACUAAAAUAUCUGAAGUCAAGUAUUUUCUAUGAGUUAUUAAAACUAAAGGAACUUGAUCUCAGCUGCAACAAACUAAUAACUUUAUCAAAAGAUAUAUUCAAUGGUCUACAAGAUCUAUGUACGCUACGUUUAAGUUCAAACCAACUGAGUUACCUUGAGCCAGGUAUUUUCGAUGAUUUAUUGAGCUUAGAUGAUCUUGAUAUCAGUUAUAACAAUCUCAAAACUUUACCAAAAGAUAUAUUUCGUAAUUUAAAAAAGCUUCGUUAUCUAAAUUUAGGUUCAAACAAACUGAACAAUCUUGAGUCAGGUUGUUUCAAUGGCCUUGAAAAUUUGUUGACGCUAUAUUUGGAUGCAAACAAAGUCACAUUUUUAUCAAAAAAUAUAUUUAGUAGUUUAAAAGAGCUUCGAAGUCUUGAUUUAGGCUCUAACAAACUACAAAAUCUUGAGUUAGGUUAUUUUAAUGGUUUUUCACGACUUGAGAAGCUUGAUCUGGGCCAUAAUAGUCUUACAACAUUGUCCAAAGAUGUUUUCAAUGGUCUUGAAAGUCUUCAGAGACUAUAUUUAAAUUCGAACAAACUACAAAAUCUUGAGUUGGGUUGUUUCAAUAGUUUAUCACGACUUGAAGAGCUUAAUAUGAUCUGCAACGGUCUUACAAAAUUAUCCGAAGUUAUGGAUACAAAUAUUUCAACGCCAACUAUUAAAAGCCAUAAUAAAUACUUUUGUAACCGAGAGUCACCUUAUUAUAAUCAAGAAAUUUGUGAGUUGCUGAGUAAUAAUGCUGAAAAACAUGAGAUGAACAUUUCUCAGAGAAACUUAACUGUUUUUCCAACAGAUUUAUUUCAUGGCCUUGAAGAUCUUCAACUUGAGGAAUUAGAAAUCAGCUGUAGGAAUCUGACAACACUGCCAAAAGAUAUCUUUAAUCCUCUUGAUGAUCUUCGUUGGUUACGAAUAAAUUCAAACGAACUAAAAUAUCUCGAGUCGAGUAUUUUCUAUGAGUUAUUACAACUUAUAAAUCUUGAUCUCAGUUUCAACAAACUAAUAACUUUAUCAAAAGAUAUAUUUAAUGGCCUACAAGAUCUGUGUAUCCUGAAUUUAAAUUGUAACCAAUUGAGUUACCUUGAGCCAGGUAUUUUCGAUGAUUUAUUGAGCCUAGAGAGUCUUGAUAUCUGCUAUAACAAUCUCAAAACUUUACCAAAAGAUAUAUUUCGUAAUUUAAAAAAGCUUCGUUGUCUAAAUUUACGUUCAAACAAUCUGAACAAUCUUGAGUCAGGUUGUUUCAAUGGUCUUGAAAAUUUGUCGUCACUAAAUUUGGAUUCAAACAAACUACAAAAUCUUGAGUCAGGUUGUUUCAAUGGUCUUGAAAAUUUGUCGUCACUAAAUUUGGAUUCAAACAAACUACAAAAUCUUGAACCAGGUUGUUUCAAUGGUCUUGAAAAUUUGUCGUCACUAAAUUUGGAUUCAAACAAACUACAAAAUCUUGAACCAGGUUGUUUCAAUGGUUUAUCACAACUUUAUGAGCUUCAUAUAAGCGAAAACAGUUUAGCAACAUUAUCCGAAGGUCUUUUUAAUGGUCUUGAAAGUCUUCAGAGACUGUAUUUGUCUUCAAUCGAACUACAAAAUCUUGAGUCAGGUUAUUUCAAUGAUUUAUCACGACUUGAGAAACUUGAUCUGAGUCACAACAGUCUUACAACAUUGUCCAAAGAUGUUUUCAAUGGUCUUGGAAGUCUUAAGGUACUGGAAUUAAACUCAAACAAACUACAAAAUCUUGAGUUGGGUUGUUUCAAUGGUUUAUCACAACUUGAGGAGCUUAGUAUGGUCCACAACAAUCUAACAACAUUAUCCGAAGGUAUUUUCAAUGGUCUUGAAAGUCUUGAGACACUGUAUUAG